AUGUUUUUCUUUUUGCAUUCCUCUUCUCUUUUCUAUAUUCAACUUUCGCCCGGAACGCCCACGAUUGCUUUUACCCUUUCUCUAUCGACAAUUCAAGAACAGAGAAAGAAAGAUCUCAUUAUUCUUGAAGGCAUAAGCUCGACAACACGCACACAUAGACACUCACAUUCAUCAGAAAAACUAAAAUCAAAAAUGCAACUUAUUUUCAUUCUUCUUGUUACUCUUAUCUGUGGCUAUUCAUUGGUCAGCACUGCUCCUAUUGGUCCCAAUAAUAAAACUAAUCCUGAUACACUCGAAACAAAACAACAAAAAGCAACUGCUAUUGCUAGUCGUCUCUUAAAAGAACUUGCUCAUGAACAACAUACAUCAGAUUCUGACGAGCAAUUAUCAACAAAUGAUGAAAAUAAAAAUUUCAAUGCACCUGCUAAUCAUCCUGAAAUAGAAAAAGCCGAAUUACAUUUGUCAAGUGAAAGUGAAGAUUCUGCUGAUGACGAUGAUGAAGACAUUGAUUUUUUACCGAUAAUUAAUGACUUAUAUGACGUUUACGGUAAUAAAUACAACCAAGAACCUGAAGAUGACGAAUCAUCAUCGGAACUUGCUGAUAACGAAUAUGUAUUACCAAUGACUAGAGAACAACUGAUUAGAUAUUUUGCUGAAGAAGAAGACAAUGAUGAAAAUUUACAACCGGUGAUAAAUUCGCAAGUAAUGGAUGACAGUAUAAUGGCUGCGGAAAACCAUUGA